AAAUGUUAGUUUUAACGUGCCCUUUUAUAGGACAUACGAUUCAAAAGGGUUACGUUGAAAAAAUUCUAAUGGGCCAGUUUCGCCUCUUAUGCGCUCCUGUCCUUUAUUGUUGAAUCGAUUACUGUUAUAUUGGCGAUGACAGCUUACCUUGAAUAUAUUUGCAUCCUUUCUCUCAUUACCUUAAAUUAUGGCAUUUUUUUUUCUCUGAAUAUUUGUAUGAGUAGCUGAAAUUGAUGACAUGUUUACUGCCGUAUAGUCUAACUUGUAUAUACGCAAUUUUGUAGAUAGAAUAGUUUAUUUGAAAUCAAAAGAAGAUAUUGAAAACUUAGAAAUAAAGAUAAAAGUAUGAAGAAACAGUCAGCGAAACGUUCGAACACGACUUUACCAUUUGAUGACGAGUUUGGAUGUCUGACGUCUGUUGGAUCAAUCAUAGUUCCAAAAAAGAUAAGUCAUACGAUAAGCUGCCACAAGAAUAAUUUCUGUCAACUUAACAUAAUUAGUGUCUUAACUGUUCUAUUCAGAUAUUUUACAUGCACGAAGAAGGCAUGGUAAAUCCCUGAAAACUGUCUGUUAUAUAUUGAGAACUAGGUUGAGAUGAGAUAUAUGUCAGUAAGAAUAAGGAUAAGAGUGAAUCUGACUGCCCUGAUCCAGAUUUUGUCUUGCUGAAGACACUCGUUAGAUGAGUUUGGCUUUGUUGUAUUUGUGCGAACAAUUUCUUAAAUUUAUCUAGUAUUAUCAAAUAAUACCAAUUAAAAUCUAGCACGCAAUGCGACCGUAUUCUCCUCGUUUGCAUGAAAAUUGUAGUCUCGAUAAUCCAAUAUUCACAUAAGAGACCUUCUCUAUGAUAUCUGCGCAUUUUGUGGAACUCCCGUAUAUUUUCGAAGAAAAUAGUGAGUGUAAGUUUUCAUUUCGAGGUUUGUGCGGCUUCCCUUCCCUUCCCCCCCCCUCCUUCCCAUUACAGACACUUAAUAACGGAGAAACAGGACAUUACAGACAUACCUCCCAUUACAGACAGGUCACCAUUACAGAACUCAGCAACCGUGCAUAAAAGACUUUAGAUUCUAGAUAAUAUAUCAGUGCUUUCAUAAAUAUUCGAAAAAAAGCUAUUUUGAAGUUUAAAAAUCAGGCAUCACGAUAACAAGUUUAAAAGAUAUUUGUGAGUUCCACAUUUCAACUCCUUUGAAGCUGCGCUAAUAAACUUUUUUCUGUCAUGUUUAGGGGUGUCGCAUUGGUGUUAGCAUUAGCAUUAAUUAAUGCUAAUGCUAAUACUUAUGCAUUAGCAUUAAUUAAUGCUAAUGCUAAUACUUAUGCAUUAGCAUUAAUCAUUAAUGCUAAUGCUUUGAUAUUAGCAUUAAUCGUUAAUAUUAAUGCUUUGGCAUUAAUCGCAUUAGUAUUAAUUAAUGCAUAG